AUGGAUGCGUUUGCAGACUCGCUCUAUCGUGCGGCCGUCUGCUCUUGGAACGGUGACAUCUUCAUCUUUGGCGGAGUCGACUCGGACAACUGGGACUCGGUGCAGAUGUACUCCACCGGACGCGACGUAUGGACCAGCCUCGACCGCAUGCCAGAGGGUCGCUACGGCGCCUACGCCUUCGCCGACGAGGACUCGAUUCACCUGCUGGGCGGAGCCAAGCGGAACGCAGACGCCACUGACCUUAUAACCUUUAACCCGGCAACCGGCCAAUGGACGGUUUCCAACUUUCGUCUCCCACUCGAACUUCGCGACUUUGCCUGCGUGACCGUCCGAGCGACCGACGGCAGUACCGAUCAGCCUAUUGCCUCGUUUUCUAAUCUUUUUAUCCAAGCAACCAGGCGGCAUUCGCAACCUGCCGCGCUUGCACAUGUCCAUCUGAGCCCGGUCGCAGACCUGGGCCCCUCUUCCGGCUCACGAGCCGUUUCGAAGUAG